AUGCCCACUAACCAUUCCAACAUUCGAGGAACAGGCCGUCCUGUUGGUCGUCGAGGCAACUUGCAGCCAUCACGGGCUGCUCCACCUCCACUUACGAGGAAUCCUCCACCUCCUCCAAGUGGUACACCCUCUUCACCUCGCCCUGAUUCCCCUCCACCGCCAUUUCGCAUCAUACCAAUGGGAUUGGCAAGAGAACUCCGGGAAGACGCCGAUAGAAUCUUUGCCAGCCUCGCCGAGAGAGCACGCAUCAUCACUUCCUUAAUGGAGGACGGCACUUCGGACCUCGCCAUCGUCCAGCGACAUAUGGACGCUUACCAUUACGAGUUUCAUGUAUAUCUUCGGGCUCAUGUUGACAUGGAAGCUGCUAGGGAGCGGGAACGAAACUUCUACCAGUGGUGGAGUACCCUGAGUCCUGCUGAGCAACAAGAGCGCCUAUCUCUGGCCCAAGACAUGGCUCCACGGCGAUGGCCAGCAAAGGCUUGGUUGUAA